GGCCUCACUUAUAGAAAUCAUGGCAAUUGAUAUCACAUAUUAUCCACUCUGUAUCUGUGAUUUUAAAUCGUGUAGGCCCUAUGUUUCCGUUCCUGGAAGGGCUCGCAUCUUGACAGCAAGAAUCAGCUAACAUUUGUGGCUAGAUAGCUAACAGCCAGUGGUGAUCAGCUGUUGGUUGGGUUUGAAGCAAUGUGGUUAGAUCAGCAAAUCCCGUGUGUGUAAAAGCUUACAGAAUGUGUAAAUUGUAUUUGUACUGCGAAAUAACACUUGUACAAAUGCCGUGGUUUUGGUGUAGGAAACAGGCUAAGUGGAGUGUGUCGAUAAGAAGUAGCCACAAAUGUUUUCUCAAACUAUGAAAGAAGAGACUUCACCAUGGAGAACGUGGUGUGAAAGAGAGAUUACUGUAGCCUAAUAUCAUUUUAUGUCAUUACUGGUAAUGACUGGCAUAAUUAAUGGAAGUAAAUUAGCCCAGUUUUUGCCUCUGAUGAGUUACCAUUACUGUAGAUUCGAGUCGCACAGUUAAGCAGUUUUUCCCCAAACCUCGUAAUCUUUGACAAACCCAGGAGUUCCUGAUUUCUGUGUGAAACAACAUUGAUGGAUGUGGAGUCAAGUGUGCCACCAGGGAGUAAGAGGCUUCAGUCACCACUGUCGAAUUUUAUUUAAAUUCUGGUUAGUGUGGCAAGAUUAAACCACCAACGUUGCACAGUAGAAAUCGUCUUGUUUUAACAGAAAAUGGACACACGUUUCACUCGAGGGAAAUCCAGCAUCUUAGAGCGGCCCCUGACACGACCCAAGACUGAAGUCAGCAUGAGUGCCUUUGCUCUCCUGUUCUCGGAGAUGGUCCAGUACUGUCAGAGUCGUGUGUACUCUGUGUCCGAGCUGCAGACACGCCUGGCAGACAUGGGCCAGAGUGUAGGAGCCAGCAUGCUGGAUGUGCUGGUGCUGAGAGAGAAGAAUGGGAAGAGGGAGACCAAAGUUCUGAACAUGCUGCUAUUCAUCAAAGUUAACGUGUGGAAGUCUUUAUUUGGGAAGGAGGCUGACAAGCUGGAGCAGGCCAACGAUGAUGACAAGACCUAUUAUAUCAUAGAGAAGGAACCACUUAUCAAUGCGUACAUCUCUGUGCCCAAAGAGAACAGCAGCCUUAACUGUGCUGCAUUUACUGCUGGCAUUGUGGAAGCCAUUCUCACACACAGUGGUUUCCCUGCCAAGGUCACUGCCCACUGGCACAAAGGCACCACACUCAUGAUAAAGUUUAACGAAUCAGUCAUAGCCAGGGACAAGGCUUUGGAUGGCAGAUAAAAAAGACUGUAGAGGUUGGCUGGUUAUGUUAAUCAAUACAGGAUGACCAUAAAUCGUCCAGAUCCAGGUUUGUGUUUGUUCCUGAAGUGUUGGUGACUGUGGCUGAAUUUCCUUGUGGUAAUUGAUGAGAUGGCGACUUUAUGGAUGGAUGAAUGGAUAACUGCAACGUACUGAGCAGAAAAGAUGCAGCUAACUGGUUAGUUCAGUCUUCCAGGUUUUCGUGGAUCAUCUCACUCGUGUUAUACCUCAUGAAGUGACACAAAUUUGUUUGCCGCUGAUCAUUUUUCAUGUGUAGUUUCAUGUCACAUUUUUACAUCACAGAUCAUUCUGGAAAGAUAAACUUAUUGAAUAAUAAUUUGACCGAAUUAUUUCUUAAUUAUCUGAUUUUCAGGCCCAACAGGUAUUUAAUUAAAUAACUUUAAAUAAAUAACAUGGCCUGUGAUAGCCCUUUAACACUACUUUUAGACUUUAUAGAGACUAAAUAAUGAAUUGAUAAAUCAAAAAAAUAACAGAUUAUUUUAUAAUGAAAGUAAUUGUUUGUUGCAGCAAUUGACUCAAAGGGUGAACAUGAAACUGAAUAACAAAUAACCUACUAAAUGGUGGCCAAUUAUUUUCCUUGGUGUCUAUUAUGUUGACAAAAAGUACUGUCACAAUCCAUCUUUACCUGUUUAUUUUACAUAUAGACGUCCAGCCUGAUGAAAAGAUAUUUUUUCUCUAUUUCAUCCCAGUUCAACUCUAGCUACAUGUUUAAUCUAAAGUAAAAUAGAUUCACAGUCAGGGUCGUAGCUACUUGAAGAAACUGAGGUCAUGUCCUCACUUUUUUUAGUAUAUUUGUAUUAUUUUAUGUUAUUUGUUGUGUGUAAUUGUGUG